AUGUAUGCUGACGGUCCUGGUAUCCUUUUCGAACUGGUGAAAAAUGCUGAAGAUGCAUCCGCAUCCGAAGUUGUGUUUUUACUGGACAAAACCAAGUAUGGCACCUCGUCUAUACUUUCACCAGAAAUGGCUGAAUGGCAGGGUCCUGCUCUCUACUGCUUCAACGACUCAAUUUUAAGCCCCAGGAUCUCUAUGCCAUCUCACGCAUUGGCCAGGACAGUAAGCUUUAUAAACCCUAUUCCAUUGGACGGUUUGGCCUAG